AUGUCGACAGUUGCGUUGCCAAAUAGUGAUUUCCUAUCACAGAUCACCAUUGACGAUUUGAAGUCUCUGGCGGCAAGGUUCAAUAUCCAGUUCGAACAAGGUCAGGAUGAAGAAGCCUACCUCAAGCUUUUGCAGGCAGCAGAAGCGAUUUACGAGUAUUUCGAGACUGUCGAUGACUACAUUCACCCAGCUCUGAUCCCUGUACCGACAGUGUCAGAGAGAAGGUAUUGGAAGCCGCGCCCGGAGGACAAUGUUUUGAAUGCUUGGAGUCAUCGGUGUGAACUGAAAGCAGCCAAACCAGAAACCGAUUUGCUUGCUGGGCGCUCUGUUGCUUUCAAAGACAACAUUUGCGUAGGCGGUCUGCCUACCACCAUUGGAACACGGCCCACCCUGCUCUCCAAAGAGGGCAAGAAUUACCCUUUGUCGACCAUUGACGCUAUCGUUGUGUCCAGGAUCUUGAACGCCGGCGCCACUGUCAAGGGCACCACGACGUGCGAGACCUAUUCGGCUUCGACACUCUCGUCAACGUCUUUCAGCGGGCCGGUCCAGAAUCCUUGGGCAAACGGCUACAAUGCUAGCGGCAGCAGCAGUGGCAGUGGUGCGCUGAUGGGAUCCAAUGUAGUUUCGAAGCUCCGGGGCACCAACUUUGGUGACAGCGUCGAUAUGGCCAUUGGCGGCGACCAAGGCGGCAGUAUUCGACUGCCAGCCGCCUACAACGGGUGCUACGGCAUGAAAGCCACUCAUGGCCUGAUCCCCUAUACCGGCGUCAUGUCUCUUUCACCGAUGCUAGACAACGUCGGCCCCAUGGCCAGCAACCUCCAAGACAUUGCACUCUUGCUGCAAGUGUUGGCAGGGUACGACGGCAUGGACGCCAGAAUGACAGCCGAAUCGCCAUUGAGGGACAAUGUGCUCGACUAUCCCGCUUUCGUUCGAGAAUCUUUCGCCGAGGCCCAGUCAACAGCAUCGCAACGGCGGUCUUCAUUUAGAGUAGGGCUUCUCAAGGAGUCCUUCCACAUGCCAGGCAUGGAUCCAGCCGUGGCCAAACAGGUGUACGAAACGGCCAAGCAAUCCUUCGAAAACAUGGGAGUGGAUGUGGUCGAGGUCUCCGUGCCGCUGCACGCCGAUGGACCUUUGAUUUGGACGGCGUCAACUCGGGCCACGAUGGCAGAUUGGGCAAUCGCUUCGAAGACGCCAGGUUAUCUCAGCUACCAGCCUCCUCAUAUGAAUUUGCAAUGGCCACCCACCCAGGACAUGUACGAAACGCUGACGGACACCAAUCCCACGAUCAUGAACCUCAUCUUCAGCAGUGUCUUCCUCAAGGAGAAGUACGGCCCAGGCGUCGAGGCCAAAGCCCACCGGAAGGUGUUCCAACUGCGUCAGGCAUACGAUGAAGCCUUGCGCCAGGUUGAUGUCCUGAUCACUCCGACAAACCUCGGACUGGCUGCGCCGCAUCCGGAACUCAAACGAGAUGGCAAGCGGACCGCGAUCAUGGAGAGAAUCAAUCCCGCCAUCGGUCUCAGCAGCAACACUUGUCCGUUCAACGCCACUGGUCAUCCAGCCAUGAGUGUGCCCUGUGGUUUCGGAAAAGAUGACAAGACGGGGCAUUCUUUGCCAGUGGGCAUGCAGAUUGUGGGCAGGAGGUGGGACGAGAAGAUGGUCUUGAAAGCAGCUGCUUUCUUCGAAGUUGGUCAGCAGUGCAAGGAUCAGACAUCUUCCCCGUCUUCAGGCCAACCCCGCCUGUAA